AUAUAUAAUAAUUUAUAACCUGAAACUAAUAAGAAAGUUUAUCAACAAUUAUUAUUAUCAUAACUGUAAUAUAAAUAGCAUGAAUUGUUUAUCUUAUACUAAAAAUAGCAUAACUAUAACAGAAAAUAUCUGAUUACUUUAUUUUUAAUUUAUAAAUAUUAAUUUAAUAUAAACAUAAAAAAAAAAAAAAUGUUGACUCCAAGAUUUGAAUUGACUCAAGAUGAUAAAGAAUUAACGAUUAAUAUCUACGCACCUUAUGCAAACAUAAAAGAUACUGAAGUUUACGUCGAAAAAACGGAUUUUCGUUUUUUCUCUUCGCCUUAUUAUUUACGAUUGAAAUUACCUGGAGAAAUCGUCGAAAAUGACAAGUCCUUUGGGUCAUACGAUUGCGACACGGGAAAAUUUUUAUUCAGGUUUUCGAAAGUAACUCCCGGUGAACACUUUGAUAAUCUGGACAUGAUCACAACUUUGCUAGCACCUUCGAAGAAGAAGGAAAAUUUAACUGCUAAUAUUGAAGUUAUUGGGAAUCCAGCUGUAGCAAAUGAAUGUUUGGAUGAUAACUCAUCAAGUGACGAGUGGUAUAUGCCCCAAAAGCCAGCAGGUUCAUUACCAAUAAACAUUUUGAUGAACGCUCCAAAAUAUGGAUUUGGAAAUAAAAUUUCAAACGCUCUUGGGCCUUUUGAAGAAGGCUGGUUGAAAGACGUCGUAGAUUUACCAACACCUGAUUCAACACUGCCAACAAUGCGUUCUUCUCUCCGUGAAUCUGACGAACUCAACAAUUUCAGUGACGAUCACUACAUGGCGGACUUGUUCCAGCCCCAGGGAACGAUGAAGGCAGUCCUGGAGUUUACUCCUUCCUGGCGAAGCUUCAAGCCAGAAGAAGUAGAAUUUACUGACCAUGAAAAAGAUAUUCUGAAAGAGCUUCCCAACAAAGAAUUUCUUCUUGAAAAACAAGAAAUCCAAGCGGCACUUUACGGCCUUGUGGACAUUAUGUUCUCCAGUUCGUACAACCACCGUGUUACUACUGGAGAAAACACCAGCGAGAGCAGUUGGGACAUUAACAAACUCAGCGGAACUUUGUGUUGGUUCGAGAGCUACUCUUCAAUGGAUCAGGUUGUUAAAACUGCGGUGAGACGAUCACUGUGCUACCCGAUCUACCGAAACUGGGAGCUGUCUAUUAAGGUCCUUGAGGAUGUCAAGGCGAUGCUGAAACUCGGGAAGAAGUUUGUGAUUAAGCGACUGUGCGAAGUAUACGAUCUGUUUAACAAUUCAUACGAGCCAAGGUAUGUUCUUAAUCAGUUGUACAUCCGCGAUUACCUCAUCUGGCUCCAACAGGCGCCUGAGAAUGUCCUAGACUUGGUGAUUGAGGAGCUAGAAGCCGUGGAGAUCAAGAAAGAAAAUCUGGGACUUGAUAUUGUGGAACUUGAAGCUGCUGGAUGGUCUGUGUUGGAAGAAGAGAAGAAAAAUGAUGACAUAAGAAUUGAUAUUGAUCAGAAGUUCCCAGAGUAUUUUGUCAAUAGUGUUGUAGAUGGAUUUGGUAAGCUUGAACUUAAAGAUCAAAGUCAGUCUGACACUGAUACUGACUCUAACAGUGACAGCGACAGUGACAGUGACAGUGAUAGUGACACUGACACUGACAGUGAUACUGACAGCGACAGCGACACUGAUAGUGAUAGCACGGAUCCCUCUGAAAGCAAAGAUAAAAAUAAACGAGAGUUGGAAGAAGAGGAGCGUGAAAAAAUGCAGGUUCUAGUUUCAAAUUUCACGGAAGAUCAACUAGAUCGUUAUGAAAUGUUUCGAAGAGCUGCUUUUCCGAAAGCUGCCAUUAAAAGGAUAAUGCAAACAAUAACAGGGUGUUCAGUAUCACAAAAUGUUGUCAUUGCAAUGUCUGGUAUUGCCAAAGUUUUUGUUGGAGAAAUUGUUGAAAAAGCCUUAGACGUGAUGGAAGAAUACAACGACAGUGGUCCAGUUCAACCAAAACAUUUACGUGAAGCAGUUCGCCGAUUAAGAUUACAAGGACAAAUUCCGAUUGGCCGCUCAAGGAAAACAUUUUUAAGACUUUAAUAAUUAAUUAUUUAUAUAUUUAAUUUAAAAAUAAAAAUCAUCUAAUUAGCUUAUGUUAAUAUUUUUUAUAAAUAAAACAAUAAAAAAUUUUUUUUCUAUAUCUAAUUGAAAAUGAAUAUCGCAACAAAUAUUACAUCUUUGUAAGAUAAUGAGCCAAAAGUAUGGUCACCUUGGAGCGAGUGGUCGGGAUGCAGUGUAACUUGUGGAAUCGGACACAUUAAACGUACGAGAUAUUGUUUAGUUGAAGGAUAUGAAUUGGAUGAAAAACAAUCGCAAUUAAAAACUUGUACUUUGGCUGCGUGUCAAACUCGAA